GAAGGAAUGCGAGGCUACACGGGUCAAUACACAGAGAGAAAACACACCGAAGUGUCAUUAAAAUAGUUAUUACUUGUAUGGACUUAUUUUACAUCUCUGUUUUGAGGUGAUUAUGGGAUGUUGCAGCUCCACAAAAACGGCGGUGCGACCGUUGAGAGCGGAAGUGGCGAAGGGAGACAAGGAUGUGACAAGAAGUAAAGUGGAUGUUCGUGGGGACUCGGCCGUGUCGAAGGGCACGACGGACAGCGGGGUGGUGAUGGAGAACAGAGACAUCCCUCUGUUACCUGGAGCCGUGCCCAGAAAACUCCCUCCUCUAACAUCUCAGUGUGUCAGAGAAAGCAUUGUGGACGUAAUAACACAACAUGUCUUACUGCAGCAGGAGCGCGCAAAGUCCAGUGAGAUCCUGAAGGAGCUGCUGCACCAAGGCAUCAUACCGGAGGGAGGCCAGAGCGGAGAGAGGGGCAGCGGGGCGGGGGAGGCCUACAGCAUCAUGCUUGAGGACAGGGAAGGGGUCAUGCGGAGGCCACCUGCCAGACUGGAGUCUCUGAGGGCCAAGAAGGAGCAACACCUCCCCAGCAAAGAAGGGAUUGAGGAGAAAAUAAGACUUGCUGAGGAAAGACGCAAGUUAAGAGAAGACGAGCUCAAGACUCGUUUGAGGUCCAAGUCGGCCCGUGUCCGGGGUCCUGCUCACACCUUCAUCACAGAGGAUGAAGAGGACGCAGCACUCACCCCUGUGGAGCCGCUACACCCAUCUCUCACCCCUGAACCUCUCGCUCCACAGCCUCACAGCCAGAUCACACGAGAGGCGGCCGAGGGUGGAGAGUGGGUGAGAGAGGAUGCAGGUGACGGCAGAGAAGAAAUAAGUAGAGCAGACAAGAAAGAGGGGAAGAGAGAGAAGGGGGGAGAGAGGGGAAAUAACCGAGGGGUCAGUGGUGAUUGGGAGGAGGAGGAGUUUACCCAGGUGGAGGAGCUGAAGAAGGAUCAGCUCCUCCUCACAGCCUCGGGGGAGCUGGAGAGCGAUUCUAGCUUUCAACUAGUAGAUGACAAAGACGAGAUAUUUUAAUUUAUCACAAAAAAUGUGCCAAGAAUCAGCACUGAGAGAUAUAAAAGACAGAGGAGAGGAAGCCAAAAUAAUUCCUUUUGCAUAGCCGAAAGGUUGUAAUGAAAAAAAUAUAUAGGGUAUAUAUUGUAUUAGAAGAAGUGAAUAUGUGAUUAAGCUGUGAUAGGCUCUAUUGACGAGCUAAUGUGAAUGUAAAAGCACUGAACUGCAGAAAGUGCGUUGGACCUUUAAAGGCUUUAGUAAAUAUGACCAAAACGUCUUGCCAACAUACAGCAUUUAUUCAAAGGAUAUUUUAGUUUUACAUUUCGUUGUAAAGUAUCAUAUUGUUAAGUCUAAUUUUCCAUGUGAAGGGUGUACUUGUUCUGUUGGACACAGGAGGGCACUGUUUCAGUUGAAGUUGUCUCACAGCUGCCUGGAGUCAGUUUGCAGCUUAUCAAUAACAUAGGUUUGACCACAUGUGAAGUAAAAUGGG